UUCCCACUAUUAUGGGACUACUAGCGGAGGACACGCGAGCUACUUACGAAUUACUCUAGCUGUUCGACUGCCCCGUCGACGACUGUCCCGUCGCCAGCUACUGGCCGUUCCUAAGCGCACUUCCAGCGUUGGGAGCGCCGAGGUGGCACACGCAAGGCACACGCAAGGCACACGCAAGGCACAGUCUCUCUUGCCUUCGCAGAAAACACAUGAUGUAUUCGAUAUAUGGUACACAUCAAUUAUCAUCUAUCCUGGAAGAUCAGCCGUUGGAGUUGGAAGGGAAGGUUGGUUUCCAGCUCUGGAAGUCGCCUAGGUACUGUACACUAUUCGGAACGCGGCUCACCACCAUCAGCUUCCUCGCACAGCUGUUGUACAGUAUGAACAAAGCACUCCACUCCAUCUCUAUGGUUCCCAUGCCGGGGAUGCGCCUGGAUCUGCAGACACGCACCAUCUCGCGGUUGAAUCAAUCAUGGUUGAUUUCUCCCUUUUCCCAGGUCUCGAGUUUGAUGUCUUAUCGCCCGUGCUUCAAAUUUACCCUCAUCCGCCUAUCACAAGUGUGCAGCAUAUCAACGACCUGGGGCUUCAGACGGGAACACCGUUUGUGCGCGUCUUCGGAUGCAUUUCCUGGGUGGCUGCUUCAGUUAAUUGCAUGUUCUCAGGAGUCUAUUCUGAGCACCGUGGUCCACGAUGAGUUUCGUGGUGUCUCCCACACUUCGACAGGCCAAGAGGCCAAGUCUUUGCGGAGAUCUCUUGCCGUGCAGCCACAAUGCUUGACCGUGCUUGGAAAUGCUUGGAAAAGGCUUGUCCACAGCUGGUGGUCUGCAUCCAAAGCUUGUCCGCUCCUCAGCGUCGUCCCACAGGCUGGAAUGGGCGAUAUUGCGGUUGGGGACGGCCCCGCUCUGUUUCUGGAAACCUGCCUAUCUGAGUGCUGGGCGGGAGGGCUGGACGCCCCCCAGCGAUAACGAUCCUCGCCAACAACGUCGUGCGAGGAUCGUGGAUAUUGAGUUUGAGGUCUGUAUUAGGAAGGAGAUAACCAUUAUCCUCGCCACCUGCUUAGGUUACGAAGACGCUUGCUCCACCCAAUAUCCAGAUGCUCGCAGUAACUGGUCCGUGGUCAGUGCGAGAUAUGCGGGCUGGGAUGAAUGGAUGGGGCCCUGCUGCACCACCAGGUCCGUGUCGAUGUCGGUUUGAGCUGCAGUGCAGUAACCACGG